CUGAGCCGGCGAGUACGGCCGAGUACCGAACAGCACACAUUUCUGCCGCCAUCGUCUUCGGCCGUCGUCGCCGCCACAUGUACAUAUGAAUGUGUGUGCGUACGAGAAGCCGACCGUCCUACUGAAUUCCAACGUUUCUUAAUCUCUCAUACGUAUUGCCGACUGUUCGAUGCUCUGGACGCGUUCCGGUUAUUUUCACUAGUGCCGUUCAUGUCUGAUAAAAAAAAAUACCAAAAUCCGUUUUAUGUGUUUGUGACGUAUGAGAAUUUUAUACUUACAGCAACGUUUUGUUCGCUCCGUUAACGACUUGCACAAGGAUAAAGAAAUACUACUGUUGAGAUUUCCUAAUAUUUUUAUUAAUCUGACAUUUAUUUUUCAACACCCUCGUCCUAGUUUUGAAGACAUUAAAUGACGAAUUGAGUUGGUCGACAUGUUGAUGCGCCAUGUCAUCCAGACAUGGCCGUACUAAACAAUACGGUCCGGAUUCGGGCGCUUACCCCAAGUUACCACCGCCCCACGGCAAUAACACUUACAAUGGACGUACGCACCAGAAUCAUCUGCUGCAGCAGCAGCAUCACCUGCAGCACAAUAACCAACAACAGCAAUAUGCGGUUGACUUACAACCAAACAUGCGCGGCACCUUGCCCCGCCAGAAUCACCACCAUCACUCGUUGCCCAGAAACGCGUGGAGCGUGGACAGACACUCGCCGGUAUCGUCGACGAACAGCUCCAACGAUAAGGGCUUUCCGGCGGCGAAUCAUCUGCACCACAAUCAACAGCAGUAUCGUCGGUCCAGACAUCGGGUGUACGGCAGUCAGCGGCAAAUCGCCAGCAAGACGCGCAGUCAUAAGGGCGGCGGCACUACCACGUCCGACCCGGACGCCCUGUCGUCGGUGACGACCGCUGGUAACAAGUUUAGUCACCGUCCGAUGGGCGUUUGGACCGAAUCGCCGGCUCCAGUUCUGCAACAAACCGCAACGUCGGCGCCCAGUCCUCCACCGCCGUCCGCGUUGCAACCUCAAUUCGUGCCUCCGUUGCCGCCUCAGAAUAUCGCCCCCUAUCCGAUCGGUCCCUGUAUCACAACCGCCGCCGCCGCCACUACUACUGUCCGGCAACCGUCGUCAGUCGCGCCCGCUGUGGCCGUGCGGCACCAGCCCGCGGCUAUAAUGCCCGCUUGCGACGUUGCCGUCGACGCUUGUGGUGGUAGGUGUCCGAGGUUCGAGAACUUUUGUCAUUUUUGUUUGCUGAUAUUUUACUUUUCCGGAAUCACCGUCGGUUUCAUGCUGAUCAUGUCAGCCAUAGUAUCGACUCGAGAUCCCAGGUUCUUAUACAUAGGCUGCCUUAUGCUACCGGUUAGUGCUUUCCUGUUGGCAGUCCAGUGCAGGGUACGUCAAGACGCCGACCGCCGAAAAAGACACCGGCAGCUCAACGGUCGUCAUAGAACAAUAGGUGCCAGCGCUACCGUAGUCAACACACACCCUCCUCCCGCCAUACCAGAUGCAAUACCUUUGCAAAAUAUGAUAAUGGUGGGAAACGAUACCUUGCGCAGACAAUACCAGGGCCACGUGUACCAAUACGUCGGCCAGAAGGACAACGAGUCUACUUACACAAACCAGUACGAUUCGGCUAACGUACAACAAAUCGAUGGGGUUCCUUGGUGGAGGCGAGAUGAUAAUCGUGUGUACCACAACAACCACGCCGCUCCUCAUUCUUAAAGACUAAGAGUCACUUGUUACGAUUCCAAUUGAAUUAGACUAUUGUAAAAGAAAUAAUUUUAUACUUUAGCACGUGUAUAUAAAUGUUAAUAUAUUUGUUUUUGUAAUUUAUUUGUUCAAUAUAAAUUAACAUAUUUUAUUUA